AUGUCGUUUAAGAACUAUAAGGAUUUUAUUGAGGAAGGGGAUCUUGUCUUUGCAUGGAUCAGCAGAGGAAUGAUCAAACCUAUCCACGUUGAUUCAACUCAGUGUCUUAACACACGAUACGGUACAUUCAAUCACUCGUCAAUGGUGGGCCAGAGGUAUGGUAGUCAAAUAGCCAGUAAAACCGGAUACGGUUUCAUCUAUCUUUUGCAUCCUACUCCUGAAUUAUGGACUGUAUCUUUGCCUCAUAGAACCCAAAUCGUUUACAGCCCUGAUAGUUCGUACAUCACACAAAAACUCAAUAUCUUGCCCGGUUCAAGGGUAAUAGAGGCGGGAACUGGUUCUGGUUCUUUUACCCAUUCUUUAUCACGUACUAUUAGUGAUACUGGGAAGCUUUUCACUUAUGAAUUCCAUGAAGUUCGGUACCAGAAAGCUCUAGAAGAGUUUCAAGAUCAUGGAUUGAAGAAUUUACAAUUGACCCAUAGAGACGUCUGUAAAAAUGGAUUUGAAAUCGAAGGUGAGGUAAUAAAUGCUAAUGCCAUUUUCUUGGAUUUGCCAGCUCCGUGGUCAGCGAUCCCAAAUUUGGAUAAAGUAAUCAACAAAGGCAUGAAAACUACCAUUUGCUGUUUUAGUCCAUGUAUUGAGCAAGUUGAAAAAACUAUCCAUGAAUUACACAAACAAAACUGGACGUCGAUUGAAACGGUGGAAAUCAAUCACAGAAAGUGGGAAAGUCAUAAGAAUAUGGUUAGAAAACUUGAUGAUGUAAUCGCCAGACUUAAGGAUAUUCAACAAAGAAAAAGAGAAGGUGUGGAGAAAUUGAGGAAGGCUAGAGAUGAAAGACUUAACAAGAGACCAGCCGAAGAGGAAAUGGAAAAUGAUGAUGGUGAAAAGAAAGUGAAAACACAAAAUAAUUACAAGAAAGAUGUUAAUGUUGAAAAGUCCCAAAGUUUCAAUCCAUUCGGUAAAGGUCUAAGAAUAAAACAAGGUGAUCCAAACUUUGAAUGGAAAAAUGUUUCAAAAGACGAAUCAGAAAUCAAGUCGCAUACAUCGUUCCUUACAUUUGCCUUUAAGUUGCCGGAAUUUUGA